GAGGCGAGACUACACUUCCCAGAAAGCCUUGCGCGGGGGGCGGAGGCGGCAGGGAUGCGAUGGCGAAGUCGCUGACCCUGGAGAUGCUCACAUAUAUUCUGAGCUUCCUGCCUCUGUCAGAUCAGAAAGAGGCCUCCCUCGUGAGUUGGGCUUGGUACCGUGCUGCCCAGAAUGCCCUUCGGGAGAGCCUGGGCCUCAGAGGCAUCUGCUGCAUCAGCCUGACCAACCUGGAUGGCUCUCCGGCUUCACACCAGGUGCUACAAUUUGUUGCUUACCACCUGGGCCCACACCUGCAGAGCUUGUCCCUGGGUGGAGGCAGCCCCACUGAGGCCUCCUUUGUGGCCCUGAUCCUGGGCUGCCCAGCCCUGUGUGUCCUUGACCUCAGUGGCUGCAAUAGCCUCUUCACCUCAGGCACACUGCCGGCUCAGCCCGAGAUGGCACAGAGCAUCCGGCAGGCUUUGAGCGGCCUCCGUGAGCUCAACCUGGCUGGCCUGCGAGACCUGGCUGACCUCAGCUUCAACCGGCUCAGCAGCUGUGCCCCCAGCCUGGAGCGCCUCUCCUUGGCAUACUGCCACCUCACCUUCGAGCUAGGCCCAGCCCGAGGCUCCAUCGGCCCCCAAGACUCCUCUCCCUCCCAGUUCUCCUUCUGCAACCUGCUGCGAUUCAUGCAAGAGCGGGCUGGCAGGCCGCGUGCCCUGGACCUGAGUGGCACUGGCUUGCCACCUGAGGCCCUGCGGGCCCUGGACCAGGUAGCUGGGCUGCAGCUUCAGGAGCUGAGCCUGCACAGCUGCCGGGACCUCUCCACAGAGGUUGUGGCUACCCUGUGCUUCCAGCAACCAGGACUUACCUCCCUGGACCUCAGUGGCUGCUCAGAACUGACUGAUGGGGCGCUCUUGGCCGUGAGCCGAGGCCUGCGGCACCUGCGGCGCCUGAGCCUGGGGAAGCUGCAGCGGCUGACAGACGCAGGAUGUACAGCUCUGGGUGGCCUGCAGGAGCUGCAGAGCUUCGACAUGGCCAAGUGCUGCCUGGUGAGAGGGCGGGAACUGGCCCAGGCCCUGGGCUCUGUGCAUGGGGCUCCAUCCCAGCUGGCCUCCCUCAGCCUGGCCCACUGCUCUUCAUUGAAGGAUGCCUCAGUGCUCUCCAUGAUCCCAGCGCUGGGCCUGAGCCUCAGGGUGCUACACCUGUCCUCCUGUGUGGCCCUCACCAACUGGACCCUGCAGGCCAUCCGCACCUACCUCACCCACCUCUCAGUCCUGCGCCUGACUUGGUGCAGGGAGCUCUGUGACUGGGGGCUUCUGGGGCUGGGGGAGCCUGUGCAGGGGACCCAGGUGCGGGACCCUCGAGGUCUUGGAGGACUGGGUGGCCCCUGGGCUCAGCUGCCCUCCUGCCCCUCCCAAGUCUCUGUAGGAGUAUUUAAGGGCAAACUCAGGAGGAACCUGAGAAACAAGGGCUUCUUCCCACAGUCACGCCCACAGCUGGAGCAUCAGGCCUCAGGUACCAAGAACCCCUGUCCUGAGCCACAGGCCCUCCCUGCUCAUGCUGCGGGCCCUGCAGGAGUUGGACCUCACAGCCUGCAGCAAGCUGACUGCCAGUUUAGCCAAGGUGUGGGGCUGGGGGUGCAGGUAGGCUGAGGAUCUUGGGGCUGAAGUCAGGGGUCUGAGCCAACCCACUUUUUGCUUGGAAAAAAGUUGACCUUGGAGUUCCUUUUUCAUUGGCUUUUGCUGCCUCUAGUCAUGCCCUGGCUGGGGUGGGAGGAUCUGGAAAGGCCAAGGCUGUGGGCUCCAGUGGCAUUUACCUCUCCCCCACCUGCCCCAUCCUCGUAGGUGCUGCAGUUCCCCCAUCUGAGGCAGUUGUCCCUUAGCCUGCUGCCAGAACUCACAGACAAGGGCUUGGUGGCUGUGGCCAGGGGAUGUCCUAGCCUGGAGCACUUGGCUCUGAGUCACUGCAGCCACCUCAGUGACAAGGGCUGGGCCCAGGCAGCCAGCUCCUGGCCAAGGCUGCAGCACCUCAACCUGUCCAGCUGCAGUCAGCUCACAGAGCAGUAAGUGUGUCCGAUGACACUGGACAGAUGGAUCCACGGUGCAGGGGCUGGGCUGAGUCCCACGCUGGGCCAGGCACUCAUCGGGUGGCCUCCCCACAGGACACUGGAUGCCAUUGGGCAGGCGUGCAGGCAGCUCUGGGUGUUGGAUGUGGCCAUGUGCCCUGGCAUCAACAUGGCCGCCGUCAGACGCUUCCAAGCCCAGCUGCCCCAGGUGUCCUGCGUCCAGUCCCACUUCGUGGGAGGGACUGACCUGACCCUAACACUCUGAGGCUGGGUCAGUAACCAGCCCUGCAGCACAGUCUCCUUGACUCCCCCAGUCUCCAACCCUGGCCUUGACCCAGGUUGCUUCUUGCCUCCCUCUACUGCAGACCCUCUAGGACUGGGGGUGGGGCCAAUCCAGGGCAGCCCAGAGGGAACUUCCCGCCACACCGCCUGGCAGUAGCCUGUUUCCAGCUACACGUCGCUACCACAGGCCCCUGGAAAUGCUACCUACAUGUUGCCGCCACAGGCUCCUGCUCUCUGGCCAAGCCCUGGGCGGGAGGCCAGGCCCCCAGCAGGCAGGGUCUGGUGCCGGGAGGAGCAGAGCCCCUGCCUCUUGCCUGCCCUCCUCAGACCUAAGGCUGGGCUCCACCUACUCCUGUGGGACUCUCCCAGCACCCUGUGUGCACUGAGCUUCAGCAGCUGAGCCCAGGUCUGUGCUGUAAAUCCUAAGAUUAAACAUUCCAGAUAGUA